AUGGAACGAAAAGGCCUUGGUGGAGAAGAUGAAAUUUGUAAUGAACCGAACGAGAGAGAAACAGAUCCGCUUCUUGCUCGUCCUCCCGAGUCGCCUGUAGCGUGUGAGAAGUUCCUGGCUGGGCGAGAGAGACAAAAGCCUAAGAGAUGGAUCAUUCCGGCACAGUUUGCUUUAAAAGUUUCCUUUUGGUCGCUUGGCAUGUGGGGACAUCGAGUAUGGAAAUACUUCGCUCAGACCUUCCUUGUCAUUGCAGCAAUCAUUUUCUUUGUUUUCAGCGUAAUUUUGAUUGCCCGCAGUAGGGAUCGGCCAUCACAGUUUUGCCCUCCUGAUAGCAACUUUACAUUGUGUUGUUACCACUACACUGCCGCUGUAUUAUUUGCGGCUACUAUUCCCUUAUGUCUGGCUUUCAUUGCCUGUCACAUAAUAGGUAAAAGCUCAACGUCGGCUUUGGUAUGUCCUCCACAGUUCUUGAUUGAGGAAACGCACAAAUCUGUCAUUUUUAUGUCAUUUCUGGCUUUCCUCGCCAUGAAUGCAGUGUUCAGCGUCAAGGUCUCUUAUACCGUGUCCGUACUCAAUUUUACGGCCGGACCCAAUGCCAGUUCAAGCCAUAAUGACUCCUUACCCUGGUCUGCUAAAGUUUUUAUGGUAGUUCUCUCAGCGGAAUCCCUCUUUUCUUGGCUUCUGCUCAACAUCUGUCACGUUUUCGCUGCCAUUUGCAUAGUACUCGGUAGGUUAACUUGCCCAACUGGGUUAUCCUCCCUCACUCCUCAGUAUUGGUUUCCCUGGAGAAAAUCCGCACAAUUAAUAAAAGACCUACCGACAUACUGCCGGGGGAUAACCCUGCGAUGCAAUAGCUUCCCAUGGGCGGGAGAGGGCAAUAAUACCAGGCAUACUUCAUGCUAAGGAAAUUGGAGUUAAUCUCCAGCCGUUUGUGGACUUUGGGCCUUUGGCUCGUGGGAACCUUUACCUUACCUUAAGUCAAGUGGCUAGUUAGUUAGGCACAUAGCCAGCUACAUCGCAAAGCCACUUACACACAAAUCGUCAAAUCGUCUUACAGGAAUAAUUCCUGACGCAUUUAAGACAACUUUGGUCAAAUCAGUAUAUAAGGCAAAUGAUAAAGAAAAAAAAUCAAAUUAGAGACCAGUUAUCGACCAAUUUCAGUGUUACCGUGUCUUUCAAAAGCCUAGAAAAAAUUGUUUUUGCGAAAGAAUAGUUAGGUCACUAAAAAAAGAACAAUUGACAUCUUAUUCAAAAGCCAACAUCAAGGCUUAGAGCUUGACAUUGAACCCAGCGUUUCAAUCUCUAUCAUUUAUAUUUAUUGUCACAUAGUAUAAGUCAAGAACACUGCACGUUAGUUCAAUCCCAGUUGACUAAUAUUAUUAUAAGACUCCGGUUUUUAAUGAAUAAUACUCAAACAAGAGCUCUCUUUGUUAAAAACUGCCAUUGGCCCACACCAGUUUGCCUACAGGAAAGGCUGUAACACAACCACGGCGCUCCUUACUUGUCAUCACCAUUGGUUAAAAUGGUUGGACGGGGCAACAGACUUCGUACGUGUUUUCUCCUUCGACUUUCGCAAAGCUUUUGACAGUGUUCCCGACACGCUAUUGUUUGGAAUAAGCUAAGGUCACUCAAUAUCAAUCCUUACUGGUGAUCAACUGGAUCGUCAGCUUUCUUAGUCGCAGGAAACAGAAAGUAGUCGUGGAUGGCUUUGUCACCAGUUUGUUAGUAUCAGCAGAGGGGUACCGCAAGGCACAAUUCUCGGGCCUGUAUUUUUUUCUUUCAUUGUAUACAACAGCAGAUCAAGAGUCACUCUUCCACUGAGGUUAAUAGUAUCGAAAACUGGGUUGUAAAAACCUAUGAUUUAAACCUCAAAAGACCUGGUAGAUGGUAGUAGUACUUGACAUGAUUUCUAAACCAAUUUCGGGCCACCCUUGGUAAAAGGGAUUUAACAGAAAAGCUGGUUGAAACUGCUUGGCAUAAUUUUUGAGGAGAAUCCAUCGGACUGGGACCAUGUUGAUCUUGACAACUUGUUAUGCAAAGCUAGUAGCCGUUUAUACAUUUUACGCUUCAGUGAUUUUGGAUACCCUAAAGAUCAACUGACAAAAUUAUUUGAUCUGUAAAUUAUGCCCCUGUUUUUAAACGGGAUCGAAAUUUGGGGUGCUGCAUGCCUUUCAAUGCAAUUAUCAUGAUAUUGACAAUUUUUUAAACGUGCCUUUAGGUUCGGAUAUACAAAUAACUUAUAUAUUACGCAAUGAAUGAGGUUGUUAGAAAUCGGGACUGCAAGUUAUGAAAAACUAUUACAGAGAAUCCCUAUUCGGACUGUUUCCCCCUAAGAGACAGAGAUCUUUGAGAGAUCGAGGGCAUACUUUUAUUUCACCUGCAGUCAAAAGGGAACUUUUAAAAGAUUUUUUUAACAGAUGUCUCUUUCAAUUUGUCUUAUUGUAAUUGAUUAGCUAAUACAACCAUAUUGUGUAAAGCCACACAUAUGUUGUGACUCUAUUUGUUGUGAAUAAGGACUCUUAUUAUUAUUAUUAUUAUUAUUAUUAUUAUUAUAGAUAUUGUUCUUACCCACCCUCGAACUUAAAAUUUAUAUCUUGCUGUCACUCUAACUUGCUCUCUUGAUUAUUUCAGGUACCUUUGCAGAAGACACUUUCAGACUCAUCCGGGACCCUCAAAACAAAACACUAGAUGACGUCAUCAGAAUUCAUGAAGACUUUUGUAUCGUAGUUUUUAGCACUGCGUCAGUCUACAGUGUUUGGUUUUUGCUGUACUUGAUUACUUAUAGCGUAGGCUACAUUAUUCUCUCGACAAAGUUUUUUCUAGACAUGAAUCGACCUCUCUCAGAAUUCAAGAUGGGAUUGAUUCUUAAUGGUCUUGAGCUGCUAUUUGUCUUUUAUAUUUUUGUAACCCCGUUUAUAUUUGCCGCAAGGAUCUCAAGCGAUUGUGCAGGUAAGAUACUGCUUUCUUUAAAUUCCUAUAAAGGAAAGCAACGCCCGCAUUCGGCUUAAUAGAAUCAAUGAGAAAUUGAAUAGCGAGCAAGUGCGUUGUUCAUUAUAUUUCCUGGCAAAGUCUCUAACAGAAAGUCGAAAUAAGUUUUGUUUAUUUAUUUAUAAGUGUAACGGUUAUCCAAACACCGUGGAGUCAAUGUAAAGUUGAACUCCUUUAAGUCUUCUUAGAAUGCUUUUGAAAUGUCAUAAUAAACCAAUAAAAUGAUUCAGGUGAGCUAAAUUCAAAAACUUCCAAGAUCUAACAUUUACGUAGCAUGGUAAUGCUAAACAAAAAUUAAAAAAUUAAAAAAACCUAUAGUAUGUCUAGCCAAAGUUUUGAAAACGUUACCGCCAAAUGGACCUUUUUUGUCCAACAGCUUUUCUUUUUCGGCCAAAAACUAUCUCCAAAGUAGCCAUUAUAAAAACUAAGAGUGCAUGCAUGCAACCGUUGCUUUUGUCCCCUUCUUCUCCUUUCUUCCUCCUGGCUCUUUCUUGUUCUCCUUCCCUUUUCCUAUGUCAGUGUGAUUUUGGAUCUUAUUCUAGCCCACUGAUAACCUACCUUUUGACGCCUUUUCACUCAUAAGUGACUGGAAAUUUCCAUAGGUUGGUUUUCAAAAAAUCGGCUAGAUGUAUAUUACGCCUAUUAUAUAUACUGGAUCUAUUUCUAAGGCGCGACACUUGAAUCUUUGUACAAAGCAAGGACACCGAGCCAGAAGAAUGUCAAAUGGUCAAAAUGUUUAUUAUAAGUGUUAAAGAGGCGGCGAUAACCAACUGAUGUACACUAAUUUUUAUUUUGUUCAUCUCGUUUCGGAAUAGCCUGCGACAGUCAUGCAGACGUAAUUUAAGGCCGGUUAGUCUGCGAAGCAGCGCCGAUGCCCUUGUUCUGUGAAUGUGUUUCGAAUUUUCCUUCAGUCUGAUGGGCAAAUCGACGAUAAGAUUUUUAAAAGGCCAAUCAUGAAGCGUACUUUUUCGCAGACGGACUUAACCAAAAUUUUAGUUCCGUCUGUGACACAGGCUAAUUUCUGAACGCUAGCGGUGUUAACUGAAUGGAUACAAAGAAUUAUAUGGAGUACAGUUGCACUUUGCUAACCCUAUUCAGACGGGCAUUUUUUUGCCACAAGUGACGGCCACCAAAAUAUUGCAUUAAUAAAUUCCCCACAUUUCCAGCAUCUAGGCAUAACUGUGAUCGACACCAUGACGUUAUUUCACAACUAUGAAGUUAUAUUGUCGAUCCAAAUUCCUCUAGAAGUGCCACAAAGCGAAAAAUACUUAAAUGCUAAGGUGUCCGAUGAAAUGAAGGAGUUGCUAAGGCCCUGUUCGCAUUAAGUAAAGUUUGUUUGUUUUGCAAAAAAAAAAAAACUGUCAAGAAGAAUUAAUCCAUUGCCAGCGCGAACGAUUUUUUUCACCGACUAAAGUUUUCUCAACUGUCCCCAAAGCUCAAAGAUGCCGUCGAGGAGAUUUGGAGGUCUACAUUUUUUUGUCAGGUAACAAACUCCUUUGUUCCUUGACAGCGAUCCUUCGUCGGGCCAUCUUAUUUCACAAGCGUAGCCAAUCAUUAAAAGCUCCUUUAAUUGACGUUUCUAGUUAGACGAAAAACUUCACAGAUGCGAACAAGGUUGCAAAAACAAAAAAAUUGGUGUGUACAAAAUUUCCACUUUUUUUUACAGACGCCAAAGUAUUUUUUUUCUUUUCUAAUAGUACGGUGCGAACAGAACCCAACAGACAUACAUAAUUUUUUUGUGUGUGGAGUCACUUGCUUGUCACAAGACGUAAAAAAAUCGUUGCAUCGACUUAUCUGGCACCCAACAAUGCACGAUGCCUCUAUCUAAUACUUAGUACCUUUCAUUUUUCGCCUUCUAACGUGCUGUCUUUCUUUCUCUUUAUUUCGAAGAAGUCUACGAGAAAGUCAACUGUUCCACUUCUGAUGACUGGAAUGAAGGCCAUCCAUUUAAAGAUCGAAACAACAUCUCCUUGUUCGUCUCCUACGCUAAAAAGAGGCAAUGCGGAUUUAGACUUGGAAGAAUCACGUUCGGCGAUUCUCUAGCCUGGGUGUCUUUUCUCUUUGGAGUUACAGGUGUUCUAUUGCCACUAAUCCAAGAUGGAAGUUCCACUUAG